GUGGGGGCGCCGAAUGAAAAUCACGACAGAGUGACGUGGAGGAGGAGAGAGAAAGGGUGGGUGUAAAAAAAAAAACCAGAAAAGAGAAUGGGAGGGGAAGCAGCUGCUACCAAGUCCAUUUCCAGUCCAGCCUCUGCUGCUUGCUUUCUCACAACGCGCACACAAGCACACACACGCACGUAUUCACUGGUGUUUGGUGGUGGGGCACAUCAACCGGACAACAAAGAGACGCACAGGGGGGGCUCACACACUGCAGCCAGGACAGCAUCACAUAUCACCGGCGUCCAGUGUCAGGGACAAGCGCACUGAACUCCUUUCUCACAUCUGCUGGGAAUUAAAGCGUCAGUCAGACUGGAGGUGACCGUCACAGAAGCGUUAAUUGCUCGCGUAGACAGUACUGCCGUACUUGUGAGCCUCGGUAGCGAAAUGGAGAUGGAGCAUUUUGACGAGCGGGACAAAGGUCAGAGGCACAGCCGCUCUAGUGCGAAGAUGAACGGUGUGCCGAGUCCAACACACAGCGCCCACUGCAGUCUGUACCGGACCCGGACCCUGAAGACACUGAGUGCAGAGAAGAGAGCCAAGAAAGUCCGCUUCUACCGCAACGGAGACCGGUACUUCAAUGGGAUUGUGUACGCCAUUUCUGCUGACAGGUUCCGGACCUUUGACGCCCUGCUGGCGGACCUGACCCGUUCCCUAUCCGACAAUGUCAACCUGCCUCAGGGCGUCCGGACCAUAUACACCCUGGAUGGGUCAAAGAAAAUCACCAAUAUUGAUCAGCUAGUAGAAGGUGAAAGCUAUGUUUGCAGUUCUACUGAAGCCUACAAAAAGUUGGAUUACACAAAGAACGUGAACCCCAACUGGUCAGUGAACGUCAAGGCUGCGGCGGCAUCGUCCCGCGGGCUUCCGUCUCUGGGCAGCACCAAGGCCACCGCCUCAGAGGGUCGCGAAAGCAAGGACUUCAUCCGUCCGAAGCUCGUGACAGUGGUGCGGAGCGGAGUGAAGCCCCGGAAAGCAGUGAGGAUUCUUCUGAACAAGAAAACAGCCCAUUCCUAUGAACAGGUCCUGACUGACAUCACAGACGCCAUAAAGCUCGACUCUGGAGUGGUGAAGAAGAUCUACACGGUGGAUGGCAAACGGGUGUCAUGCCUGCAGGACUUCUUUGGUGACGAGGACAUCUUUGUGGCUUGUGGACCAGAGAAGUUCCGCUAUCAAGAUGACUUGAUGCUGGAUGAAAGUGAGUGUCGUAUGAUGAAAUCAUUGACCUAUGGGAGGAUGUCAGGCUCUUUGAACCGAGGCUCCCCCAGAACUGUUGUUCAAUCGCUGCGCAGCAAGUCGCCUGCAUCUGUGAACGGGACGCCGGCCAGUCAGCUGUCAACUCCUCAUUCGGGAAAAUCUCCCAGCCCCUCCCCAACCAGUCCAGGCAGCCUUAGCCGACGCAGGGAAAAGGACAAAGCCGGGACUGAGCAUAGGCCGACUACAUCUUAGAAUCACUAGAUUAUGAAGAAAGCACAACUUCCCAGCAUCUUUAGUAUUUCAGACCUCACCCAGUGCUGCUCUGGGCUUCCAGCAAGGCAAAUGUUCAUUUCAUUUGGAUAUUAUAGCACAUAUUCUGUCCCUCAUAAAGAACUCUGUCUGCCUUUGGUAGCUCAGCACUGAAUAACGUUAACACCGACUUGUUGAGAUCACCUGAUCUGUCAGUCAGUAAAUUGUGCAGUAUCUGAUAUAAAGAUGAGACUGGCUGAUUGGCAGUCUGCCCCAGUCUGCAAUGUGUUUUUAUUUUGCGGAAAUUGGAUUGCAUCCUUCUUCACCUGCUGAGCAUUGCAUUGCAUUUGACCAUCUUUCAGCAAAAAGAUGCAAUCAGUACACACUUCUGAUAUAGAAUUUCUUUUGUUUUUUUAAUCAAGUCACAUUAUUUUGUACAUGUCGAGUUGUGUAAAUGAUGUAGAAAUACAUUUUAUACUAGUCUAUUUGAUUAUUUAAGCCACUCCCCUCCCCUUUUUUGUCUGUUUUCUGUAGCUAACAAAUAAAAUUACUGCUGUACAGAGCAGGAGCAUGCAACUCAAAGGGAAAACUUCGAAUUAAAUAUCUCGACUUCGUGUACACUGUGCGCGCGCGUGUGUGUGUAGAUGCUUAUAUCAAAGUAUUUGUUAAUCCAGUCCUUGACAGUGAUGUGGGUGAGCUUUUAAGAACAGCUCCAAUCCCAAUCACUCAGCUUUCACACAGCAUCUCUUAAAUUUGCGCUUAAGCCGAUUGCUGUUUUAGUGUCUUCUCCCUCCUAAACAAACACUCGCUAGUUCAGUUCACCUCAGCCUCUAGAAUACCGAAAUACAGAUAUAUGUGUAUCCACAUAGGCUUCUACUCGCAGGUUUCAUGUGUUUCUAAUGCGCACUGAUUGAAACUCACUGCACGUUCUGCCCGACUGCAGGGAUGCAGCUAUGAUGUAUGUUGCAACUAUUUAUUUACACAGGCAGAUUUUAUGGGAGGAAAGCAGAGGGGGUCAUUACCUUUUAUAUAAGUAUGUGUGUGCGUGUGUGCGUGUGUGCGUGUGUGCGUGUGUGUGUGCAUGCAUGACCGUAUCCUCAGUCAGCGUAGGUUAAAGAAUCCAUUCCUUGGGUUUUCCUGUGCUAUUUUCCGUGAAUCUGGAAACAUAGAUGAAUGGCAGAGAGUCUGAAUCCAUUAGUGAGAAGUUAUAUUGACGCGAUCUGAAGGUAACCCAGGAUGACGGUAACAGAUCAGCUAUGAGCCGUAGCUAUAACAGGGCUUCCACAUUCAUCUGAAUUAUGGAACUGGGUCAUUAUAGUUUACAGUGUUGAGAGGAAAUGUUCUGGCUCGUGCGCACAUUUAUAAACUCUACCUCCCUUUCUAUGUUCUUUGCUCUGGUUAAAUAAAUGUGGGGCAGUCAUUGUAGAAAAUGACCCCGCCCACUCUCUGCCUCUUCCACAAUAUGAAAAUCCAGUGCUAUAAACGCAAACACACCACCUAUCCUUUGGUUUUCGUAACCUCCUUAAACCUUCUUUUCUAGCCCAUUUCAGACCUCACUGUUGCAGCAGUUACAUUCUAGUUGAGUGUCUGUUUCUCAAAGAGGGAUUAUUCCAGCCUCUACAGCAAGCCCGCGAUGGCUUGACUGCUGUAAGGAGGGGAAGAAGCCUCACAGGCCAUUAUCUCUUCCCUCCACUCUGCAGCUCCACGCUCUUCAGCCAUAUUACGAUGUAAUUCUCCUCUCCACUUCUCACUUCUUCUAUCUUCCCUGUUACAGAUUUCCUCCCUGUCCCUGUCCCUUCCCUCCCCGACACCUUCUAAUUUCUCUUUUACAGUUGUCUCCCAGUCAUUCUCACACCCACCCCCUCCCUCUCGCCUCCCCAUAUCAAAGGGUAUUAACCUCAUGGGGAGAAAUUAUAUUCCAUCAUCUCUCUUAUAGAUGUUAUUUAAGCUUCUUUGAGAAGGAGGCAAUAAGUCCAAGACCCUAAUUUGCACAUUUUCUCCUCUCCUUCUUUGUGAUUUGCAUGUAAACCCGCACGAAUAAUUACAACUCUGCACCCCUUUAAAACUAGCAAGUAACAUUACCAACCCUAAAGAGCAAUCUGAGGCUUAGAGUGGCUAAAUUAACACAGAUAUGAGGUUUAGGUGGUAAAAUGAAAGUUAAAUAUAACAAAUAAAAGAAUGAAAAAUCUAAUUCCUAAGCAGCCACAGAGGCUCAGUGACCUACUGCGAGUGCUGUGUUUAACAGUUCACCUCGCUGGACCAUGCAUUUAAACACUUAGAGGCACUUUGCUGCUUGAAGUAGGUUGCUAGCACAUCUAGGACCAUCACAACCUAUUUCCCCAAGCAGAGACUACAAACAUAGCAUUGCACCAUUGCAUGCACACGUCUUCAGAAGAAGGUGCACGCAGAGUAACUUUCAUGUUCGUGCACACUUCAGUGGAACACUGUUGUACAGAAAAUUGUACGCACACUUACACUUUUUGUGUGGGUUUUUUUUUUUUUUGCAAAUUUGAUGCUCUCUGUGACCCAUUUUUACUAAUUCUCAAGCGAAGCAUGAAAGUCUGGUCUACAUUCACAAAAUCGUCCCCCCGCCCGCCGUCCCCCCACCCUUCCACUUUGCACUUCUUAUAAGCUUUUCAAGGCCGCUUGCCUCAAUGAAAGCACUGAGAGCAUCCUAAAUUUCCAUAUUAGUUUUAUUUUCAUAUAAGACCUAUAGACACAUUAUUCCACACGGGCACGCGCCCACAACUGUGUUUUCUGUCAAUAUCAGCUCUGAGGCAUAAUUCAAUGUGCCACCGAGGUCAGCGCUCUUUGCAGUCUGUCCGCUCCAUUUGGUGUGAAAACAAAUAAACAUACAAAAAAAAGACAAUGCAUUAAGAGGAGAGAGUGACAGAUCGAAGGCGACACUGACAGAAGGUCUGUGUCGCAGCAGCUGUGAUGCAUUUAGGAGAGUCUAAGAGAAACAGAGUGGUAAUUGUUAUCUGUAGUAUCACCUUCAUCCUCCUCUCACCGUUCAUCCAUUCACAUCCGUAAUCUGUUGAAUUGCAUGCUCCGUCUCUCAUUCUUAGCGUUCAUGUUAUGUGUCGGGUGAUUCAUUUUUAAAUUAUUUGUGUGCGAGUAUGUGUGAAAGGAAGAGUGCCGACUGAAGCAGAACUUCUUAUAAAUGUCUCAUCUCAUUCCCACGAGUGUAUUGUUGCUAAAGAUUGUAUUUGUUAUUUUUGGUUGUAAUAUAUUUCUUAUUAUAUGUUGUGUUUGAUGUCAUUAGUUGGCUUGUUUCUGUGACUGUCAAAGAGACUGGCCGCAUCACACGGUGGACUGACCCGGAAGAGUGUUUUUUGCUUCUUUUUUUUUUAGAAUCAUUUUUUGUCUUUUGUUUGUUUGUCACACGCACAAAAACAACAACCACAGAAAAACAUCAGUUAUCCAAAUUAUUCACUAAUGAUUCAAAUAGCACUCACAUCUAAAAAAGGCUUGAUGAUAAUUUUGGCUCUUUCCAUUAACGCGGAUUUUUGUAAACAUGUCAAUUAUCGACAUGUUGUCGUGGUUCCAUCGUGCGAUGCUGCUCUCUCUUUUUGGCUCAUUUUUGUUUUUGUUUGCUAAAUGUGUUCAUUUUCAUUUGUUGACGUCCUCAUUAAAUUCAUUGUCAUUUCA